GUCUCCAGCCCGGCGCUUUGUUACCCGGGUUAUCUAGGGCGGAGGGUGUCCGCAUGACCCAGGCCGGAGGCCCUCCCGUUUUUGACCCAUCUCCCGGCUGUCCUGGGUGGGUUCCUGCCCUCUGCCCUGGCGGGCCCUGGGAGGCCAAAGGUCCGAGGACCCUGGAGACCCAGACAUUGGGGUUUGGGCCGCUGGUUCGGUCCCCCGGCUUUUGGCUUUUCGCGGGGAGUAGAGGGAUCGAUUUGUAAGGGCUCUCUCUGUUCUGGACCAUGUCUUCAUCCUGGCUGGCGCAGACAUUCUCAGGCUACUUCAGACUUUCAUCCCCUCCCCAGGAAUAGGAGAACCCAAGGGAAAACUGAGUCCCAUCUUGCUGCUCCCUUGAGCAAGUCCGCAGAGCGUCAGGAAUAGAGCCGUAGAGUCCUUAUCUCAGCCCAACCCUUGCGGCAUAGUCAGCAGUUUCCAUUCCCUUAAGUCCCAGACUCAAAUAUUCGGCUGAGCUACUGGUUAAGUGUGUAGGGUUGUGUUCAAGGCCCUGUUCCUCAGUCUCAAUCACCUUUUCCCUGGGCGAUCAAUCACCUUUCCCCCUGGGCGGUCACCUCUCAGGCACCUCAAGGCUCUGUCUGUUUGUUCUGCUGCCCUCUAUCGGCCAGCAGAGGCAAGGCACUCCUUGUGCCUAUGGGCGGGACUGAGCGGCAUCCCCUUCCCCUUUGAAUGCUGUGGUUUGGCCAUCCACAGAACCUCCCUAGGUCUCCGAGUGGGGAAUUGAGCUGGGGACACUUAAUUAGGUCUCUAGCCACCUUUACCUUGAUAGGUAUCCUGAGUGCCAGGAGAGUGGACUGCCCUGUUCUGGCUGGAAGGGCCUCAGAGAGUGAGCCUCGCUACAUCAUGGUACAGAGAGGGAGGCUAAGGCCCAAAGUGGAAAAGGGUCUUGCCCAAGGUCACUCGGAGAGUGGCAGGCAGAGAUGGCACUAGGAAACUAGAACCCAGCCAGCCACCUGCCUCUCACCCUUGAAACUCCCCACCUCAAGUCUCAUGCCUGUAGCCUGCCCCUUCCAGCCAGCCAUGGGAGCCAAGUCUGGGAAAGGACUCCUGUCCUCAGCCACCCCACUCAGUGUGGCUAGGGCUCAUCCCUUUAGGGUAACAGUAGUCUGGCUGCCUGGGCCAGGAAGUGGGGUACUCAAGGAACACAGAAGUUUUUGUGUGCUGACCACCCUGUGCCCACAGGCCACGAUGCUGCUUGGGGCAUCUCUGUUAGGGGUACUGCUGUUCUCUCAGCUGGUGCUGAAACUGCCUUGGACCCAGGUGGGAUUCUCCCUGCUGCUCCUUUACCUGGGGUCUGGUGGCUGGCGCUUCAUCCGGAUUUUUUUCAAGACCAUCAGACGCGACAUCUUUGGCGGCCUGGUGCUCCUGAAGGUGAAGGCAAAGGUGCGGAGGUACCUGCGGGAGAAGCGGACGGUGCCCAUUUUGUUUGCCUCUACGGUACAGCGCCACCCUGACAAGACAGCCCUGAUUUUCGAGGGCACAGACGCCCGCUGGACCUUCCGCCAGCUGGAUGACUACUCGAGCAGCGUGUCCAACUUCCUGCAGGCCCAGGGCCUGGCCUCGGGUAAUGUGGCUGCCCUAUUCAUGGAGAACCGCAACGAGUUCGUGGGCCUGUGGCUGGGCAUGGCCAAGCUGGGUGUGGAGGCAGCACUCAUCAACACUAACCUCCGGCGGGAUGCCCUGCGCCACUGCUUGACCACCUCCCGGGCACGGGCCCUCAUCUUUGGCAGCGAGAUGGCCCCAGCUAUCUGUGAGAUCCACGCCAGCCUGGACCCCUCAGUGAGCCUCUUCUGCUCCGGCCCCUGGAAGCCCAGCGAGGUGCCUGCUGGUACAAAGCACCUGGACCCCUUGCUGGAAGAUGCCCCUAAGCACCUGCCCAGUGCCCCUGACAAAGGCUUCACAGAUAAACUCUUCUAUAUCUACACAUCAGGCACCACUGGGCUGCCCAAAGCCGCCAUCAUAGUGCAUAGCAGGUAUUACCGCAUGGCUGCCUUGGUGUACUACGGAUUCCGCAUGCGGCCAGAUGACAUUGUCUACGACUGCCUCCCCCUCUACCAUUCAGCAGGAAACAUUGUGGGAAUGGGACAGUGCUUGCUCCAUGGCCUGACAGUGGUGAUUCGGAAGAAGUUCUCAGCCUCCCGGUUCUGGGAUGAUUGUAUCAAGUACAACUGUACAAUUGUGCAGUACAUCGGCGAGCUGUGCCGCUACCUCCUCAACCAGCCACCCCGGGAGGUGGAAAACCAGCACCAGGUACGCAUGGCGAUAGGCAAUGGCCUCCGGCAGUCCAUCUGGACCGACUUUUCCAGCCGCUUCAACAUCCCCCAGGUGGCCGAGUUCUACGGGGCCACUGAGUGCAACUGCAGCCUGGGCAACUUCGACAGCCAGGUGGGUGCCUGUGGCUUCAACAGCCGUAUUCUGUCCUUCGUGUACCCCAUCCGGCUGGUACGUGUCAAUGAGGACACCAUGGAGCUGAUCCGGGGGCCCGAUGGCAUCUGCAUUCCCUGCCAGCCAGGUGAGCCAGGCCAGCUGGUGGGCCGCAUCAUCCAGAAAGACCCCCUGCGCCGCUUCGAUGGCUACCUCAACCAGGGCGCCAACAACAAGAAGAUUGCCAACGAUGUCUUCAAGAAGGGGGACCAGGCCUACCUCUCUGGCGAUGUGUUGGUGAUGGAUGAGCUGGGCUACCUGUACUUCCGAGACCGCACGGGGGACACAUUUCGCUGGAAGGGAGAGAACGUGUCCACCACUGAGGUGGAAGGCACUCUCAGCCGCCUUCUGGACAUGGCCGACGUGGCAGUGUAUGGCGUUGAGGUGCCAGGAACUGAGGGCCGGGCUGGAAUGGCUGCUGUGGCCAGCCCUGCUAGCAGCUGUGACCUGGAGCACUUUGCAAAGGUUCUGGAAAAGGAGCUGCCCCUGUAUGCCCGCCCCAUCUUCCUGCGCUUCCUGCAUGAGCUACACAAGACAGGGACCUACAAGUUCCAGAAGGCAGAGCUGCGGAAGGAGGGCUUUGACCCAGCCAUUGUGAAAGAACCACUUUUCUAUCUGGACAGCCGGAAGGGCAGCUACGUCCCACUGGACCAAGAAGCCUACACCCGCAUCCAGGCAGGCGAACAGAAGCUGUGAUUUGCCCCCGCAUCCCUCUGAGGGCCAGUGGAUGAUGGAUCCAGAGCCCCAGCUCCCACCCUAGAGGGGUCCUGGGUGAUGCCUGACUGAAGCAAACAGGGCCCAGCACCUCCACCCCGAGGUGCUGACCCCCUCCCCCAAAAACUGCCAGGUGACUCACUGCCACCUUCCGCACCCCUGCUAGAGGUUUUCUGUGAAAGCCUCAUGUCCAUAUUAUGUCUUCGAGGCCAGGAGGGCCUCUGGUCCCCCAGCUGAGACUGACCAGGCUCCCUCAGGAUGAUGUCUUGGGUCAGGGCAGGGAGAGGUGGAGGGGUCUCAAGUUCUUCCCAGAGAGCAGGCACUCAUAAGUGGGACCAGGGCAGAAGCCCUCAGACUCAGGAAGCCAGCAGAGUAGGCACGGGCAGCAGUGGUCCAGCUGAUCAGGUGGCCAAAGGGGCCCAAGUGUCACUCAGCCCUGCCCAUGUCUCCAGGAGAGUAGGAGGAGGACCCGGCAUGGCCCUAGCUGCCCCUUUUGUGGUGGGAGACCUGGACAGAGCACCCCUUCUCUCCUCCCCCUCAUCCUCAUCUCCCUGGGUCACUGCCUGGCUGUCCCUCAGGCAAGGCUAUUCUGUCUUGUGGGUGUGUCCAUGUCACCCUCUCCAUCUCAGUCCCAGCCUGGCUCUGAGAGGAGGAGAAGGAAUGGAAUGGGGGGCUCAGGGGCCAAUAAACUCUGCCUUGACUCCCCCUA